CUAAUUCUUAGAACUAGAGAAAGAUAAAGAACAAGUUAAGCGGAGAUCAAAGUUAAUCCGCAUUAGACCUGAACAUAUGGAAAUGAACAUAAAAAGACAUCUUGUGCAACAUUUGAAAUAUCUUAAAUGUCUUCUAGAUAUUUGUUAGAAAUAUCCUGAAGAUGUUAAAUUUAUUAAAGAUCUUUUCAAGAAAAAAACUAUGUAGAAGUUAGCUAAAAAAUAUCAAAAACUUUGUUUUAAAAGAUUUCUAUAAACAUCUGACAAUAUCUUAAUAGAUAUCUUUAAGAUAUUUGUUACACAUUUCUACAAGGUUUCUAAUAGACACUUUCGAAAAAUAUCAAAAUGUUGUAACAUUUAAAAUAUAUUUUGUCAUGUCCCGGAUUUUUUGGAGAACUUUCGAAGAGAUAUCUCACGAUAUGCGAUUUUUGAAAACAUUUUCCGGAUUCCGAACAGAAAAGGAUAUUAAUUGUUUUCUAAUAGACGUAGAUGACGACGUAGAUUAAUUAAAAGUUAAUUAAAGAUUUUAAAAAUCAAUUAAGAGACUUUUAUCAAUUUGAAAACUCUACCGAGCUUUCAAACACGGCAGCGAUUCCCGCGACGGUGCGACUGAUCACGUGACAGUGCCACCUAGCAAUUCUCAAAAAUUCUCUACGAUUUCUCAUGUUGGCAACCCUGUUGGCGGUAAGAGAGUUAAGAAACUACGUCUCGUGGAAAUCGAAUGUUGCGUUGCAUUCUGCAUCUGUUCGUCGUUAUCUGCGAGCGAAUUGGAGAUCUUAAUCUGCUUCAAUUUCCUUAAUCAGUCGUCAUGUCGAGUAGCACUCACGAGGAGAUGAUCCGUCGAAUCAGCGAGGCGCAGAUGGAGCUAAAAAUCAAACUCGAGCAAGUGUCGCGUCUACGAGUUGACUGCGCGAAGCUGCAGUUGGAACUGCUGAAGCUCUACAAGCCGCAAUGCCUCGAGAUACUGGAAGCGCUGCAGGACAUUUCCGCACCGGGGAAUUCCGUCGGCUGCAAUGGCGGCGACGCUGCCGUCGUCAAGUCGCGCGAUGACGUUCAGGGUGACGAAGUCCAUCGCACGAGUGAAGACGUAUCGAGGAAAUCCACGACGUAACGUCAAGACUUCAGAUCGGAAUAGCCCUUCGUAACUUCACCUCUGAUAUUCAUGAAGAAACUCGUUGAACGUAAUAUCAAAACUCAUUGAAUUUAAAAUUGUACCGUGAAGAAACAAGGGGAGCAUCUCAAGCAGCAAAUAACAGUGAGAUAAAAAAAUGUACAGGAGAAGAGGAAUAAAAACUAGAGGAAAAACU